AUGCAUCCGGUGAAAGAUCCCGAGAAGUAUGCAAAACAGAAAGACUUGCUGUAUACUCUCAUUUGGCAAGAUGAAGAUGGUGUAUUUCCAAUCGGGUACAUGCUGAAGCCUGUCUUUGAGGAAAUUAUAAAGGUUCCCGAGCAUAUCAGAGGCCCAGUCGAUUUCGACCCAGCCGCAGGCACAAUCUUGAUAUUCCACAAAGGACUUGCGUCAGAGCCAGAGCGUACGAAGCAGGUGACGGCGCUCACGAACUACCUACGGACGGAACAGACCUUCAAACUCCUCCGUGGCUGGCGCAAUGAGCUGUGGCCGGUGUACGGUCGCAAGGGUGAACUGCUGUACAGCAUGGAGCGCGCAGCGAUGGGCUUAUUUGGAACCACGCGCUACGGAGUGCACAUGUCGGCCUUCAUCCGGUCGCCUGGGAGCAGCUAUGGUAUCAAGAUGUGGGUGCCGAAGCGUGCCGCUACAAAGUCCACUUAUCCCAGCAUGCUGGACAAUACUGUCGCUGGUGGACUCAUGACGGAUGAGGAUCCGUUCGAGUGCAUGAUUCGGGAGGCAGACGAAGAGGCCAGCUUGCCGGAGGGGAUUGUGCGCAAGUAUGCCAAGGAAGUCGGGCUGGCGCACUAUGUCUACAUCACAGACUCACGAUCAGGAGGCGAAGAUGGAUACAUCUAUCCGGAAGUCCAGUGGGUCUAUGAUCUUGAGCUAUCUGAGAACGUCAUCCCAGCGCCCAAGGAUGGCGAAGUUGAGUCCUUCGGUCUCCUCACUAUCGAAGAGAUCCAGGAGCUGCUUGCGCUCGGUCAGUUCAAGCCAAACUGCGCUCUCGUCAUGAUCGACUUCUUCAUCCGCCAUGGCAUUCUCACCCCGGAGAACGAGCCCAACUAUGACGAGAUCAAAGCCCGAAUCCGCAGGAAGAUACCCUUUCCCGGGCCGCACGAGAAGUAUUAUCAAUAG